AUGUCGAGAUAUGUUAUUCAUUCAAAAAAAAAUUAUGUGGUUGAUACACGUGGAUAUGGAAAUGUCUUUGUAAUCGAACCUUCUCUGCAAGUUUCUAAGAACCCCUCGGUCACAAGGUCGACUCAUAAGUCUACGAAAGAGGCUCUAGUGAAGUCGGGAGAAUAUUUGUUGCUGGUGCAAUGGUUCACACCAGGUCAGUCUCAUGAAGAAGAUAUGUACGCAUUGUUCCCACUAGAAGAGUCUCAUCCUGAAAAUAUGUAUACAUGGUUUAGAGUUUUUAGGCUGGAUGAAGGAGGGAGAAAGAAGUGGGUUCAAGUUGAUGACUUGAACGACCAAGUGAUCUUUCUUGGAGCUCGGACAAAUCUCUGCUGCUCGGUACAACAACUUCCGGGUGCUAAAGAUAAUUGCAUUGUUUUCAUUGAUGAGAGAAAUGGUAUUAUUAAUGAGAAGGAGUCAAUCCUUUUGUUUGACUUGAGAACCAAAAGGACUAGUACUGCCUUUAGUGAAUGCAGAGGCUUAAUGGGGGCAUUCGGUGAAAAUCUUGAAUCUCUAGUAUCUUGUGGAGUUAUGACCAUGCCAGACCCAACAACAAGCAUCUAUGAUUUAUUAAGCGAUCCUGAGUGGUCUUACUAA